AUGAAAGUUAAGCCUUAUCAAAUAAAUUGGCAUGAACAACAAGCAAUUUACUCUGCACAUUUUCAACCAGGCAAUACUGGUAGACUUGUAACAGGCGGUGGUGAUUAUAAUGUUAGGAUAUGGCAACUUAUUAAGAAAGAGAAUGAUUUACCUAAAGUUAUUUACAUGUCAACUUUAAAAAGACAUACUGGUACAGUUAAUGUAGUUCGUUUUUCACCAAAAGGUGAUAUUUUAGCAACAGCUGGUGAUGAUGGAUUUAUUAUACUUUGGAAACUUGAUGGACUGAAGGAAAUCAAUAAUAAAAAAUUAUUAAAUUUAGAAUCUGAUGAUAGUGAUUCUGAUCACGAACAAAACUUUCAUAAACCAAUAGCUAUACUCAGAGGCUCACUUGCUGAAAUAUAUGAUCUUUCAUGGUCACCAAAUGGUGAUUAUAUUGUUUCAGGUUCUAUGGAUAAUACUGCCAGGGUAUGGAAUGUAAAAGAAGCAAAGUGUGUUUAUAUUUUUAUUGAACAUCAGCUUAAUGUUCAAGGAGUAGCAUGGGAUCCACUUGGAGAGUUUAUUGCCACACAAGGAAAUGAUAGGUAA